CAUAAAACUUGUCACCACUAUUAUCAUAAUGGUUAUGAUGAUGAUGAAGAUCUGAAUGAUUUUAGCUAUACUAAUACUGAUAAUCAAUUAAUCUAAUUGACGGAAACAUUUCAAAAGUAAUUGUAUCUUGACGUGGAACAUUUACUAAACAUUAAUUCAAGAUACUUUAUUUACUUCAAAGCAAUAUUGUUCAUUGUUAAUUACUAUCAUUAUUAUUAUUAUUAUUAUUAACAAUCAUUAUGGCUUAUUCAGGUUAUUCAACAGAUAAUUCUGAUACAGAUCAAACUAAUUCAUAUCCACUUAAAGAAAAAUCAAAAUUGAAAAAACGUAUUCGACGAAAUCAUCAUCGUAAACGUUUUGGACGAAUGGCUAAAUCAUGGAAAUUUAUAAAAUUGCGAAAAUUAUGGGAAAGAGAUAUGGCUAAACAAAGAAGUAUAUCAGCACCUUUUGUUCCAAUUAAAGCCAAUAAUAAAUGUGAAUCUAUGACAGCCAGUUUACUUUUCAUGUUUGCUAUAACACAGUGUAUAUUUGGAUUUGUAUUACCGAUAUGUGAUUCAUUUGGUAUGAAAGGAUCUAAACUUUAUUAUGAAGCAGGUCAUAAGUAUUAUUUGGAAAUAUUUCUAAUUUCUCAAUAUUGUGGAGCAUUACUUGUAUUAGCUUAUUUACAAUAUUUAAUUUAUAGUGGAACUAAAAAACAGUUAAAACAAGCCCUUAUUCAUGAAAUUUAUAAAUCUAAAACUGGUCGUCAAUUAGUUGAUGAUAAACAUAUGAUAAUUAAUGAACAUCAUGAAUUGAGUGAACCAAAUAUAUUGAUAAAAUCAGAUUAUACAAAUAAUUCUUCACCAGUUAGUCCAAUUGAUAAACCAUCUGAUAUUGAAUCAACAACAAGUGAACGACAACUGACACGAUUAAUUCAUCUUUACAAUGAUAAUAAUAAUAAUCAAGAGAAACCUUAUAUAUCGAUACAUCCGGAAGGAAUGAAUUUAUAUAUGCGACUUGGAGCAGUUGGUUUCGGUUUAGGAGUAAUGAUUCAUGAUGGUUUCAAUUUGUCUUCAGUAUGGGAAGUCAGUGAUUCAGUAUGUCACAGUAAACUUUGGAUACCAAAACAUAUAAUAAGAAUAGUUUGGGUACUUUGGCAAACAUAUUUUGUGUUCAAAUAUCAUAGAGUUAUAUUACACCGUCAUCGAGUAACAGUACGUUUGUCUUGUAUACAUUUGGCUACAAUAAAUUUUUGUCAUUGGCUUAAAGUUGUAGUUAGUGAAGUGGCGUUAAGUUUAAAAACACCAGUUUCUCAUUCAUCAACAGUUCAUUCACAUCAUAUUUCAAAUCUUCUCAUUGAAAAUCAUAAUAUGACUCAUAUUGCAUUGAAUCCUUACAAUGGAAAUUAUACUCAAAAUAGUCACUAUACUAAAGGUGAUACAUUGACCGGAACAAUAAAUCAACAUAACAAUAAUAAUAUGUCUAAACUAUGCCUUGGUUAUUUAGGUGUAACACUUGAUCCAUUUUUAUUUCCAUUAGCUAUUGAAUAUAGUUUAAUAACUGGAUCAUUCUUUUAUAAAAUGUUACAACGUUUAGAUCAAACAUUUCCAAAAUCAUUUAAUCAUACAUCAAAUGGUAGUGAUUGUCUUGUAUUGAAUUCAUCAAGUUUAUAUAGUCCAUCACCAGCAUCAAUUUCUAAUAGUAUAAAUAAAAGUGAAUUUGAUAAAUUCUUUGAUGAUGAUAUCUCAGAACAACAACAACAACAACAAUAUCAUCCAGAAUGUACAAAACACAUGUCAUAUAGACCAGUAAUGGGAUGUAAGGUAUUUCUUCCACUAUUGAAAAGGAAUAAAUUACCAAUAUUAAAUGAAGAUUACACAGCAUCUAUAGUUGAAAACAAUAAAGAAAUAUCUGAUAAUGAUAAUAAUGAUAAUGAAUAUGAAAAAUCAUUCAAAUUUAAUACAGAAUAUCAAUGUCAUCGUUCACAUAGUGGUUUAUUUUUAGGUAUAAUGUUAUUAAUUGGUAGUAUUAUAUGUAUGGUAUUAUUUAUAAUACAUGGACGUAAUGGUUAUAAACAAUAUACUAUAUAUAUCUAUCAAAAAUCUAAAUUAACAUUAUCAAUAAUAAGUUUAUUAGCAUGUAUUCUAGCAAUUAAACAAACAAAUCAAUUAAAAUUUCAUCGUUUAAAACAUGGUGAAAAUUUUGAAUAUAAUUUAUUAACUAUUGGUUUAAUUGGUUGUAUCAUUUAUCAUAUGUUUUUAUUUAUACCAGCUAUAGAAACAAUCAUACAUAUUAUGUUAUUUCAUUCAAAUAAUAUAAAAGAAUAUUAUAUUUUAUAUAUAACAAAUGAUCAUAUAAAAUAUACAGCUAUAUUAUAUUGUAUUAAAUGUAUUUUAGAAAUAUGUCAAGCAUUAAUACAAUUUUUUUUUAUUGUUGAAACAUCAAGACGUAAAGUAUGUUGUAUUAAUCAAUCAAGAAUAAAACCAGGUCGUUCUAUUAUUGUAUUUUUAUUAAUAUGUAAUUUAGCAUUAUGGUUAAUUAAUACAUUUGAAGUAAGAAGUGCUGAAAUACAAUUACCGUUAUAUAGACAUUAUUUUGGUAUACGUACAUGGUCUAUUAUUACAUAUUGUUUUAUACCAUUAAUUAUAUUUUUUCGUUUUCAUUCAACUGUAUGCUUAGCUGAAUUAUGGACAAAAUUAUAUAAAUUAAAAUAAAUUGAUUAUAUUCCCUCGCUCUCUCUCUUUCUCUUUCUUUCUCUUGUUUUAUCUCUAUUUGUCCAUCUCUCUUUUACACACACACACACUUACACACACAGAGUUCAGUUUGCUUGAUUCAAUCAAAAAAAAAUGUAAUUGUUCGUGUUCACAUGUAUCUAGAAAUGUAAUUCGGAUACAUUUUAUGAAUUAUAUAGAUAUAUAAAUGAAAAUAAAACAUCGUUAUUCAUUGUUCAAUUAAUUGUUUAUUAAUAACAGUGAUAAGUGGGAUAUGAAACCGACCACAAGAAAAUUUAUUUAUAACGAAAACUCGAAUU